AUGUCGGGCCCGGCAAGAAGAAGCUUGGCACUGGCCACUGGCAGGGCAUAUCGCCAGGCACUGCUCGUUUCGAGAAGCUCGACGGCGUUGAGGACCCCGGCCCAGCGAUUGCGCGUCGCCUCGUAUAGCACGACUCCCAGUUUCCGCCAGGAUGCCUUCCAUACCCAGCUGGAAGGUGCGCCCUUCGCCGCGGCAUUGCCCAAGGCUACGCAAGCACCGCAGACCCUGACUGAGAAGAUCGUCCAGAGGUACUCAGUCGGCCUUGCGCCGGAGAAGAAGGUCAAGGCUGGCGAUUAUGUCACGCUGUCGCCCCAUCACUGCAUGACCCACGACAACUCGUGGCCCGUGGCCAUGAAGUUUAUGUCUAUUGGGGCCUCUAAGAUCCACGACAACAAGCAGGUUGUCAUGACCCUCGACCACGACGUCCAAAACAAGAGCGAAUCCAACUUGAAGAAAUACAAGCAGAUUGAGGACUUUGCGCGCCAGCAUGGCGUCGACUUCUACCCAGCCGGCCGCGGCAUCGGCCAUCAGAUCAUGGUCGAGGAGGGAUACGCCUGGCCCGGCACCGUCACUGUCGCCUCGGACUCGCAUAGCAACAUGUACGGCGGCGUGGGAUGUCUUGGCACACCCAUGGUGCGCACCGAUGCAGCCAGCAUUUGGGCCACUGGCCGGACAUGGUGGCAGAUCCCACCCAUAGCCAAGGUGACCUUUACCGGCCUCUUGCCCUACGGCGUCACCGGGAAGGAUGUUAUUGUCGCCCUCUGCGGCCUGUUCAACAAUGACGAUGUCUUGAACCACGCCAUUGAAUUCACAGGCUCCGAGCAGACCAUGCGCACCAUCUCCGUCGACGACCGUCUGGCAAUUGCCAACAUGACAACCGAGUGGGGAGCUCUCAGUGGGCUGUUCCCCAUUGAUUCCGUCCUUCAGUCGUGGCUCAGGGCGAGAGCCACAGUUUCGUCUUUCAUGGAUCCCGAAAUUGGCUCGCGCGGCCAUUUUACUCACGGAAAGAUCGACGAACUCAUCCAGAACCAGCUCCAGGCCGACCCCGGAGCCGCUUAUGCCAAGUCUCUGUAUCUAAACUUGUCAACCUUGUCCCCGUUUGUGGCAGGGCCCAACUCUGUGAAGAUUGCCACACCGCUCAAGGAUCUCGAGGCCCAGAGCAUCAAGCUAAACAAGGCAUAUCUCGUUUCGUGCACAAACUCGCGUGCGUCUGACAUCGCGGCCGCUGCAAGAGUCUUUACCGAUGCCGCCAACGGCGGUACCAUCCCCAAGGUUUCAGAUGGUGUCAAGUUUUACAUUGCGGCCGCUUCGAUUGUUGAACAGCAUGCGGCCGAGGAGGCUGGUGAUUGGCAGGUGCUUCUUGAUGCCGGGGCUGAACCGCUCCCAUCUGGAUGCGGCCCCUGCAUCGGCCUCGGCACUGGAUUGCUCGAACCAGGAGAGGUCGGAAUUAGCGCAAGCAACCGCAACUUCAAGGGGCGGAUGGGCUCGACUGAAGCGAAAGCCUACCUUGCCAGUCCCGAGGUGGUGGCGGCGAGCGCGCUGCAAGGCAGGAUCGCAGGGCCCGGCUGGUACGAGAAGCCCGAGGGCGUCGAGAAGGUCAUUAUCGGCGAGGGCAAUGGAGACCACGUGCAAGACAAGGCGCUCAGUGUCGAAGAGGCUCUCGACAAGCUUAUCGCCGAGGCCGACAGCAUGAUCGCCGCUGCGGAGAAGCAGUUUGAUGGGGCGAGCCCAGCUGUCGAGGAAAGCACGGAGACGGAUGCUGAAGAGACUCUGACAGACAUCCUGCCCGGGUUCCCAGAAAAGGUGGAGGGCGAGAUCGUCUUCUGCGACGCGGACAAUAUUAACACGGACGGCAUCUACCCUGGCAAGUACACAUACCAAGACAGCGUGUCGGUCGACAAGAUGGCCGAGGUCUGCAUGGAGAACUACGACAAGUCGUUUGGCGCGGUCGCGCGCGCCGGCGACAUCCUCGUGUCGGGCUUCAACUUUGGCUGCGGAAGCUCGCGCGAGCAGGCCGCUACUGCCAUCCUGGCCAAGAAGAUCCCGCUCGUCGUUGCCGGCAGCUUCGGCAACAUCUUCAGCCGUAACAGCAUCAAUAACGCCCUCAUGGGUGUUGAGGUCCCGCGCCUCGUGCAGCGCCUCCGAGAGACGUUUGCCGCCGACAAGACCCCGACUCGGCGCACCGGCUGGAAAUUUGUCUGGGACGUCCGCCGCAGCAAAGUCACCGUCACCGAGGGCGAGGGCGGCAAGACGUGGAGCCAGAAGGUCGGCGAGCUGCCGCCCAAUGUGCAGGAGAUCAUUGCCCGCGGUGGCUUGGAGAAGUGGGUCAAGCACCAAAUCUCCCUGAGCUAG